AUGCGGCGGGGCCCCUACCGCGCGCUCCUCCUCCUCCUCCUCGCGCUCGCCCUGGGGCAGUGCGGCGCCGGCGGUGCUGGCCACGACGCGAGCCGCGAGAGCGCCACCGACGGCCAGGGCGGCGGCGGCGGUGACGGCAGCUGCAAGGCCGGCGCGCCCGGCGGCCACCCAGCGCUGGACCCCGAGGGCCCGCGCGCGGCGUUCUGCCUCGUCGGCUGCCCGCGCAGCCUCGUCCAUCCCGUCGUCUACACGUCGGCCCAGCGCAACCUGUUCGACGCGUACGGCUCCGCGAACUACAAGGUGUUCUGGUACCUGAAGCUCGACGCGGGCUGCCAGAGGAAGGCGGAUCCCGUGGACCGGGAGGAGCAGCUGCUCGGCGCUCGCGAGCUGCACCGGCCGGCGGCCCUUCGGUUCGUGGGCGCCAGGACCGAGGCGGACAACCGUCGCCUUGGUUGCGCCCCGUUCCGAGGGAACAGCAACAACGCGGAGCAGCAGGAGCAGAUCGCGGGGUGCGUGGAGCUGGUCCUCGAGGACGAGCGUGCCUCUGGGCUGAGGUACGACUGGGUGUUCCGCGUGCGCCCCGACGCGCUGUGGCUGCGGCGCUUCCCGCACCACACGUACUUCAGGGGCGCCGCCGCGAGGGAGGUGUUCAUCGUCGGCGACGUCAUGAUGAUGGUGCCCAGGGGCCUCGUCAAGAGGGUGCUGGGCACACCUCAAGUGUGCAACCCAGGAGGGCAGGCUCACGAGAUCACGGUCGUCUCGCACCUGCACGCGGCCCGGGCGCGCGUGAGGUACCAGUGCGACCACGCGAUCUGCCCUUGGCCCACGAAGACGAAGUUCGCCAGCAGGUGGGUCCCGGGGUCCGAGUCGGCCUGGGAGGAGUGGCGGUGCCUGAGCCCGCUGACCCUCCUGCAGGUGAUCCGCGACUCCGGCAGCGACGCGAGCGCGCGAAGGCUUUUCCUGAACGCCGGGGUCGCCCAGCUCCACGGCUGCGUCGGGACGCCGGAGGAGGAGUGCCAGGAGAUCAUGGACGUGACGAGCGCCUCCCUGGCCGAGGAGAUCGUGGCCCGCUGGGGCGAGCGGCCCAUGUGCGGGGGCCCGUGCGCGGAGGAGGCCGUGUCGACGCGGGAGGCGUUGCUGGCCUGCGAGGCGGCGCACUACAACUUCUCCGUGGUCGGGAUGGCGCGGGGGCGCGGCGCUCCCGGCAGCGCGGCCCCGCCCAGAUGA